CUGCAUAUUGACGCCAUGUGUCCGAGUAAACAGAACGAAGCGAAGCUAGCUCCCGUAAGGGCCGUCCGGGUUGAGAGCGGCGCGACGGGCGGCGCGGCGAUGCUAACCGCCUCUCGCUUCCAGUGCCUCUGUCAAGCUCGCUUCCGACGUUAUACGGUUGCAGUGAUUAGUCGUGCCAAAGCGGGUUCUCGACCUCUGACGGUCGAUGCCAGUCUUGCAUUCCGCCGUUGCGAAGCUAUCUCCGUAGAAAGGCGUGCCUCCAAGACCAGGCACUCGCCGAAUGAAUCUACAGUGUAGACGUUCGCGCGCAGAUACUGGAGUGCUAUCUCCGUCGUGUACAGGUAGACAAGCAUGGAAACGAAAGCUCGUGCUGCGCCCACGCAACAGCAUCAGCAACAUGCUAAAAGCGAUCACGGACCUGCUCAGGUGAAAGCCAGCCCAUCUCUACCCCUCUUUCGCACUAUCAAUAUAUAAUACAAGCGUCCGUCCAAAUGCUGUGGCUCAACCACGAGUGCUUGCCCUUCCUUUGUUUCGCCUCCGGACUACCGUACGGAGAGGGUAACUGCUCCACGGAUCCGCCUAAGAUCUGCACAAACCGGAGUUUACCCGACGUCGUAAAUAUGGAUCUGUAAGCAAAGCCGGUUGGCUUGGCUAAUUGGGGAGGUGGGGAGAGCAGCAGUUCGGCUCACACGCUCACACCUCAAGC